AUGAACAGACCGUUCCAUCCACUAUGGAUGCGGAUUGCUAUGCCGAAUCCCCAUCCUGUAUCAGAUGCUUCGAAACCUGGAUCGGCGGCUUUUCAGUGUCUACCAUACGAUGUGACUUGUUUCGGAAGGUCACCUGGAGACUACGUUACACCGAGUUCGGGUACUGCUCACCAAUAUUCACCUAUAAGCUAG